GAAACAGUCCGCCAAUUCUAUUGCUUCUAUUCAUCUAUUUGCACUCUACUUCCAUCACUUCAACGAAAUAAUGACAAUACCCCGAUCAUGACCCCCACCCACCCUCAUCCCCAACAAUAGACACACAUCAAUUACCACCAAAACGCGUGACGCGUGAAUCCAUCCCCCCAACCCAACACAACCCAACACAACAACCAGAAAUGAACCACCUAGAUCUUCCUCCUCUAUCUACUCAGGAUCCUCACCGCGUAAUCUCCUUCCCGGCCUCGCAGUCCCUACACGCGUCGACCGCGUUCCCGGAUGCUGCCUCAGGCAGAAAGGCCAUCCCGACUGGGCUGGUCGCGUUGGAUGAGGCGAUCUCUGCACCGGUGAUAUCGUCGUCGACGACAAAUGAGCGAAUACGUGAGUUUACUGAGGAAAAAGGAGAACAGCUAAAGGGGUUGCCGGUUGGUCAUGUUACGGAGGUGUUUGGGCCGCCGGGGGCGGGGAAGACGAUGUUGGGGUUGAAUGCUGCUGCUGGUGCGCUGGGGAGGGGGGAGGGAGUGGUUUGGAUAGAUACGGCAUCGCCGCUUCCUAGGCCUCGACUGCGCAAACUGCUGGAGUCGCAGUCUCCCACGUCGCCGUCAUCUCCCCGGUCCUUGACGGAGAAUCUAACGUAUAUUCGUGCCCCCACGCUUCCUCAUCUCCUCUCUCUCUUCCAUCAUCCACCUGCCUCUUUUCCACCCCCAAACACAACUCUCCUUGUUAUAGACUCUGUCUCUGCCCCUUUCACUCCUUAUUUCCCUAACCCUAGUGAUAUCAACCAACCGCAGCAAGCGCAGAGGGAUGUCCAGAAAUGGCUCACAACGCGAAAGUGGAACGUGAUUAGCGAUCUUGCUGCUCAGUUGGUGAAGUUCGCAAGCAAGGCGAAUCUGGCAACCUUGGUUAUCAACCAAACGCAUACCCGGAUUCGGGGACAGGUGAGGGCAACGCUGUCGCCCAUAUUGAGUGGAAGGGGGUGGGAAUCGUGCGUUCGUGCUCGGAUCGGGGUUUAUGGUGACUUUGGGUAUGGUGGGGAUGGCGGAUGGGUGAGGGUUGCCGAGGUCAUGAAGAGGGAUGGGAGGCUUGUCACUGUUAGGGACAAAACAACCGUAGUGCCUUUUCGGGUUGCAAAUGAUGGAUUGUAUGCUGUUGAAAUGGGGCUCGAGGGUAAUGAAGAGGAUAGCGUCGCCGUACAAGCCAGGGAGAAGCAAGCACAGGAUGAAGAUGCGCUUGAACCGGAAGAACCAUUAGAAGAGGAACCGGUGGAGGAGGAAGAGCCAGAGCUUGAAGAUUACCAAGCACAGGACGAUUCCGCACAAGAGGAUCUUGCACCCGAAGACCCUGCACCAGGAGGGUCUGCACAAGAGGAGUCUGCGCAAAAGCAAGCUGCACCAGAAGAGCCCGUAAUUGAAGCGUUGGUGCAUGAAGAGCCUGUGCACGAAGGGCACACACAAGACGAGCAUUUAGAGAAGAUACAGACCCAGGAGGUUCAAGCACAGAAGGAGCAAGCACAAGAUGUCCAAUCCGACUCAGCUCACGAUACUGCAAGCCAGCGGAAGCGAAAGGCAGAGGAGAUUGCGGACAGCCAGGAUGAGGAAGAUUCGGAAGGGGUAUUUGAGUAGGUCAAAGGUGACGUGGUUUGUGAGCAGAGGAUCAAAGUAUUAUCUGCCUCAGUAUAGAGUUCUAUAUAUACCCAUUGUUUUGAAUAGGGCGCAGUGCACAGGUGCUGAAACACGCUUUAUGGCACUCGCACCAAUUCUAUGAAUGAACUAGUCGAUACAUCAUCGUCAAGAAUGCGAGUUGUG